UUCAAUCUCUCUAUCUAUUAAAAAAAACCGAAUCAAAAUCCGUUGCGUAGUUUUGAAGAUUUAAGCAUACAUAGGGACAGAGAAGGCGACUUUGUUUUAUACUACGUAGUGAUAGUGAUAAACAUGAAAAUGUUAUAAGCAUUUAUGAAUGAAAUAUACAUAAGAGAUUUUCUUAAAUUGUAUUAAUAGCUAGACUAUGUCUAUACAAUGCAAGCUAUUACAUAGACAUAUCAUUCUAAUUCAAUUUUUAGGUGGGAUUGAUCAAAAAUCCUAAUUAAAUUUUUUACAGUAUAGUAUCAUAGUAAAAUCAGUAGAAUUUUAUUAUAGUCAAAAGUGUGAAUUUAAUAUGAAACAUUGCACCAAAACAACUUGUUUGAUUUAUUUCUUUUCUUUUUUACCAAUGUCAUAUUACUAUUAAAAAUUUGAUCUACUAGCUAUAAGUUCAGUCUGAAGAAAAGGUACAUCAUACUUUGUCCUUAAUAAUAACUGAUCAUGUUAUACGUGUCCCACAAGGACAGGAUUGUUUAUUUUAUUGCUGUUUUUUUUUAAAUCGAUCUACUGGAUCACGUUUAUUUGUAUAUCUUACGAUUCAAAUCGAUAUUUUUCGGGAAGAAUUGUCAUCCCAUAUUUCAGCUUUGGUUUCAUUUAUUGUUAUCUUGUUAUGAUGAAGUAGAUGUAAUCGAAUAUCUGGAUUAACAGCCAUACUGGUGUCCAGGUACAGCGUACAUUAAUACACUAAUACAAUAAGUUUCUUCGUUCUUAGAAUAAAUGUAGUUUAUCUUAUUUUAUUAGUAUUUUGAGAUUUAUUUAUUACGACGUUAAGUAAUAACUAAUUCAAACCAUAACUUUACUAACAAGGAUUUCAAAUCAGGGAUUGUCAUAUCGAAACGCAGAAUCCAUAAUUGAUCGCUCGACCGCAAAUCUGGAUUGGAAAUAAUUUUAGAUUAUAGAUCGAGUAUAGAAAGCGGCCGUAAGACAAUGAUUCAAGAUCAAGUGUGCACAAGCACUAACUAAUGGAUCGCUAGCAAAUCGGUGAAAAGUGAAAACCGCUAUCGACUAAAAUUAAAAUCAAUUUUAAAUUGAUCAAUCUUUGGAUCUGCUGCUCCCAGACCCCAGUGUGACUGUGGAGUGUGGACAAAAUGGAGCUGUCACUGUCUCAAUCAAAUCAGCAUGAUAAAUGAUAAUUGACAUUUGUAUUCUUCUGUGCUGGUAAUGCCUAUUGUCAGUUAGUUUUUAGAAAUAAAAAAUGUGUUGGAUAAACAUUGGAUUAGAAAAUAUAUAGGAUUUCAAUAUUCAUUUAUGUUUCAUCGAACUGUGUUGUGACGGUGAACUAUCUAUGUAAAUAAUUUAAUAAUAAAAAAUGCCUCUCACAGCAAGGCAACGGAGUAUUCAUAACAAAAAUGGAGCAAAAAGAUCGGCUAGUAUGACUAAAGGGAAGCGGUCUAGAAAAUAUAGUGAAGGAGAGUACCUUGUGACAAACGCACCAACAGACUUGCGUAGUAUAUCCUACCCUGGUGGAAUGGUUGCACUAGGUCUAUUGCUAACAGCUCGACUCAUAUCUGCAUACUGGGGACAUAUAGCAGAUUGUGAUGAAACCUAUAACUAUUGGGAGCCUUUGCAUUAUUUAGUCUAUGGAAGUGGGUUACAAACAUGGGAAUACAGUCCAGAAUAUUCAAUAAGAUCCUACAUGCCACUAUGGAUGUUUGCAGUUCCAGCUAAAAUACUGUCAUUCAUAAUGACACCUGUUUCUGUAUUUUAUACACUGAGAGCAUUGCUAGCUUCAUUGACUGCCUGUUCUGAACUUAUGUUUUAUAAAGCAGUAUGCCAUGAAUUUGGAGUGCAUGUAGGACGCAUUUGGCUUUGUCUGAGCCUGGCUGCGGCGGGUUGCUUUGCAUCAUCAGCAGCUAUGUUGCCUUCUGCUUGGAGCUCAGCUCUUGUGUCAGCAGCUUUGGCCAGUAGUUGGAGAAGACGCUAUGCAGCAGCAGUAACGUUUACAGCCGCUUCUACAUUGUUAAGUUGGCCAUUCACUGCCCUCAUCGGAGUACCAAUUGCAAUAGACAUGCUUUACUUCAAAAAUAAAUCCUAUGAAUUCUUCAAGUGGUCUCUAAUAUCUUUGAUAGUGAUUCUCGUACCAACUGUCAUUGUUGACUCAUGGCAUUAUGGAAGACUAGUUGUGGCUCCAUGGAAUAUUGUUGCAUAUAACAUUUUUACUGAACACGGACCAGAUUUAUAUGGAGUUGAACCAUGGACUUAUUACUUUGUGAAUGGAUUUCUUAAUUUUAAUGUUAUUUGGGUCCUAGCUUUAUGCUGCCCACUUCUGCUGUUAGCGUGUCGUGUAAUUGCUACGCGUUCGAUCGCACCGCCGGCCUUUUGUAUGCCCUAUUGGCUUAGUCUGAUGCCAUUGGCCUUAUGGCUUGGUGUUUUUAUGCUGCAACCGCAUAAGGAAGAGAGAUUCCUGUACCCAGUAUACAGUAUGAUAAUUCUAGCCGGCGCAAUUUCACUCGACUGUAUGCAGAAAAUGUCGUUCGCGAUAGGGACAGUGCUAUUCCAAUGGCGCAAGGAGCGAGAGAGAUGCCACUAUCUCUCUUACACCGGCCAUCUUGCAGUUAUGUGUGUGAUGCUCUUCAGUAGUAUCAGUAUUUCCCGUAUAGCAGCGCUAUACAACAAUUACCACGGCCCAAUGGUGCUGUUGCGCCAUCUACCGGCUGAACCGAAAGUGGUGUGUUUUGGCAAGGAAUGGUACAGAUCGCCUUCCAGUUUCCACCUCCCACCGGGUGCUAGUAUACGUUUCGUGGCCAGCGAGUUUGAUGGACAGCUUCCCGCGCCUUAUAGUCACUUACAUAAUGCUACCCGCAUAAUCCACCCAUAUUUUAACGAUCUAAACAGAGGUAACAAGUCGACCUACCUUCCGCCUUCCAAGUGCCACUACCUAAUCGACUCGGACAUAGGCCGACCAACGCACUUUCAACCGUUUUACCACACAGAUACAAAAUCGUGGAACAUUAUUGCUUCUGUGCCUAUUUUGGACGCGUCGAAGUCAAAUAAAUUCUUCAGAGCGUUUUAUGUACCGGGCAUUUCGCAUAAACACGUUGUGUAUGCGAAUUUGUAUUUGUUGAAAAAUGUUUUAAUUAAUUAAAUUAUUUUGAAUCUUUAAUGUAAAACGUCAUCUAUUUGUUUGUGUGGUAUUUCAGAAUUGCAUUUGACUUCGAAAUUUAUUUAGUAAAUUUAAAAUGGUGAACAAUUUUGAGGUUUCGUACGAAACGAAGCAUAAAUAACUGUAUACAAUUCAUGAAGUUUUUUA